UAAAAGUGGGAGAAAAAUUCUAAGUCUUUAUAAAGUUGUACUUCGUAAAUAGUUUCUCUUUUUAUUAGUAGUCACUAAAAAUUAUUUAGUACUGCUAUAAAUUUGUAUUUUUUUGUCCUAAUAUGAGUUUCAAGCCUAUCAAUGAAUCAAAAGAAGAUUUUCGAGUUUAUCUUGCCAAGCAAGGAGUUCUUGAUGCCUUGAGUAAGGUUCUUUCUAACAUACACGAAGUUCAACCGGAAAAUCCCCUGGAGUUUAUUCAUUCGAAUGUAGCAAUUUCCUUGUCGCAAAAGGAUACAAUUCGUGAUCUCGAGUCCAAAUUGAAUGAUGCAAAACAAGAAAUUGUUCGACUACAGAAGGAAAAUGAUCGCUUGAAGCAACAACAGAAUCGCGGUGCUUUUAGUUACGUCAAAAAUAAAUAAAACUUUAUUUAAAUGUCUCUUUUUAUAUAUAAGAUUAGAAUUUUGAUCAAAAAAUUUAUAUUUUGAAAGUUCAAUAAAAACAAAAAAAUGAUUUGUU